AUGUCUGCCGAGACUCUCGUCCCCGUCCUCAUCUACCUCACCGGCGAGACCCGUACCAACGACGUGGUCCUGGUCGACGAAAACGUCUCAUCCUUCGAGGAAUUCGCAGCGUCGCUCUACCAGAAUCUUCGCCCCAAGAUCCCCGAAUACUAUCUGGAAAGCGGCGAGCGGUCAAUCACCCAGGCCUUUGUGACAUGGCAGCCUUCGGAUAUUUUCCCCCAAGAAACUGAAAUUGUGGAAGGAAACAUUCGGGCUGUCCUGCGUCUCCUCGCGGCGCGCAAGGGGGUGGAUACCAUCCGUGUGUGGCUCAACGAGAUUGACUAG